GCUCCCAAAAGUCUCUCGUCAGCAGGGAAGCCGGCGCCGCCGCGUCAGCAGUCCCCAAAGGAAGCCGGGGAUCGAUCGAUUGAUCGGUCGGGACCCACCAACCCCCGCCUCCCGCCGGCUUUCCUUCGGCCUGAAGCAGCGCUCCUCCGGUCUGGGACUUUCCCAAACAAAGAGGCCCAGCUGACAAUGUCAUCCAUAAAAAUUGAGUGUGUUGUACAAGAGAAUUGCAAGAUCGGAGAGUCACCUCUAUGGGAGGAAAAGGAUAAGUCGCUUCUCUUUGUAGAUAUAACUGGAAAAAACAUCUACCGAUGGAAUUCACUUACAAAGGACCUGCAAAGUGUUUCUGUAGAUGCUCCAGUAAGCUCAAUUGCUCUCCGCAAAUCCGGUGAUUACAUGAUUACCCUGGGAACUCAGUUUGCUGCUUUAAACUGGAAAAACAAGUCUGUAACCUCCAUUGCUCAUAUUGAUAAGGAUAAACCCAACAACCGAUUCAAUGAUGGCAAAGUGGACCCUGCUGGAAGAUUUUUGGCAGGUACCAUGGCUCAGGAGAUUAGGCCCGCAGUGGUGGAGAGGCACGAAGGGUCCUUCUACACCCUCUUCCCCGAUCACUCCACAGUGAAGCACUUCGAUAAGGUGGACAUUUCCAACGGUUUGGAUUGGUCACUGGAUCACAGAACCUUCUUUUACAUCGAUAGCCUUUCCUAUCAUGUGGAUGCAUUUGACUAUGACCUGCAAACCGGGAAGCUGUCCAAUCGCAGGCACAUGUACAAGAUGGAAAAGGAAGACAGCAUCCCUGAUGGGAUGUGCAUUGAUACAGAAGGGAAGCUCUGGGUGGCCUGUUAUGAUGGAGGAAGAGUGAUUCGUAUAGAUCCAGAGACAGGAAAACGAAUCCAGACUGUGAAGCUGCCUGUUGAUAAAACAACUUCUUGCUGUUUUGGAGGAAAUGAUUAUUCUGAAUUAUACGUCACCUCUGCUUGCCAAGGAAUGGAUGAGGCUUAUUUAUCACAGUACCCACAGAAUGGCAGUGUAUUCAAGAUAACUGGACUUGGUGUAAAAGGAAUCCCACCAUAUGCAUACGCAGGUUAAUGAUUGCUCUUGAAGACAUAUCAAGAUCAGGAAAGAGAUGAACUCAAAGAUUUGCAUGGUUUGAAGCCUGUCUCUUUGCACAGGAAGGUACAAUGGGAUAGCCAACAAAAAGAGCUACCCCGUUAAUAUUUCAGCCAGGUUUGUGUGUCAUCAUUGGCUUUUUACCUCUGUUAACUCAAAAAUAGAUUCCACCCCUCUCUUUUAACCAAAAUAAUUUCUUUCCUAAUAAAAUUUGAAAUAGA